AUGGAAUUAAAUAAAAUUUUUAUCCUAGCAAUUUGUUCUCUCUUUUGGAACGCAGAUCUGGCUACAAGUCAAAAACGCUUGAGUGUUCGGUGUAUAAAUCAGUGCCCUGCUCUUGAGGACAAGAUAAGAUCAUUAAAUACUGAGCUGGGUGAAAUUCGUAACAGAAAUGAUGCUAAUAUGAAGGAAAUCAUGACGACUGAUGACAUGAGUCGUUUUGUUAAACUUCGAGAAACAGUAGAGAAGCAGGGAGAGGGAAGAAUAAGCACAAGAUCGAUUUCAGAAAUGAAUUCAAUCCUGGCCAAGUACUAUGAAAGUAAUCCAAGAGCUGCAGCUUGGGAAGUGAUGGCUGAAACAAGUGUACGAGUAGAAGAAAUAACAAAAUCAUUUGAUGACAUUUUAAAUGAUCGUUCAGUGACGGAUGAAUACUGUGUCCCCUGUAUUGAAUCAUCAGCAAUGAAAAUUGGCAUUACUGUGACUUUUAGUUGGCCUCCUCCAAAAAUUAAAGUUACAUUUACUUUUUCAUUCUAA